AAAAAUUAGUGACGCGUAUCUGCGAACAAAUGCGCGCGGAAAGUGAAUCUUGUUUUAGUGUUGUGCAUUGUUUUGAUUGAGUAUUUCAUUGCCAUUCGUAGUAAAGAUAAACAAAAGUGUUUCAAACAUUAACAAUGAGUGACAAUCGUAGAAUAUGGACGCCUAAUGAAGUGAAUAUAUUGCUUCGUUUAUGGCUCAAAAAAUUGAAAUUAUUUCAUGGGAAAACGCGCACAGAAUUAUCCAAGGAAUUACAAGUUCAAUUCCAGAAUGAAGGUAUUGAAAUGACAGACCGUAAUAUCCUGUCCAAAAUGGCAUUUCUCAAAUGGCAAUAUAAACGUGCAAGGAGGAAUAAAUUUAAACAAAGAAACUGGAAGUACUAUAAAAGAUUGGAUGCAAUUUUCAAUACGGCCGAGGAUGCAAAUACUAUCAAUGACGACGAGCUCAAUACCAAGGUUAUCAACGGGGAGGAAUGCUCCCGAACUGAAGACUGCUUAUCGAAAAAGAAUCCAUCAAGGAAUGCGAAACAGGAUCAAGUGUAUAGCAAUUCCACACCAUCACGUAGGGUCUGGGAUACAAAAAAAGAGGAAAUCUUUCUGAGAGUAUGGCAAAAACACGCACGUGAUUUAGCCAAAAAAAAUAUUGAACACGCAUAUGAAUAUAUGAGAUCAGAACUCAACGAUCAAGGAAUUAAAAUCACAGUUGCCGAAAUUAAAUCCAAAAUGAAGUCGUUAACUAGAACGUUUCGAAAAUUUCAAAAAAGGAAAGAUCCGCAUACAAGAUGGAUUCACUACACUACAGUUGCCGAACUUCUGAAACCUACAACAUCUGAUCUACCUGAGCUACCUGAAAACAACGAGUGCUCUGCUAAUGCUGAAAAACUCAACGAUGAAGCAUUACCAAGUAUAUGCACGAAAACGGAAGACAAUCCGUCUGAUGAUGAUUGUGAAAUAGUUAGCAUAUCCGAUGAAUCUAAAGCCAAAGUAUUAUGGGAACUUUUUAAUGAUAAAGAAAUUAGUAUACAUUCGUCAGAAGGAAUUCCUGAUCUUGAUGAUGCCGAACUGGAUAUGUUGCAAGAUAUUUCAAUAGAAGAUACAGGUGUAACCCAAAACUCAACACAGAUCGCUCCCGAAUCGCAAAGAACCAGAGAAUUUGGUGAAUUCGUUAUCAAAGAACUAAGCAUGUUGAGCGAUGAUCUGUUAAUCGAGGCCAAAAGAGAUAUAUACAGCAUUAUUUGUGCUAUACAAAUAAGACAACUACAGGCUAAUAAAACCACACACUAAAUUUAAGUAAAUGUCAAAUCAUUCCCUUGACAAAUAUCUUCAUCAUGGAUUGAACGAAGUGUAAGCUACUUUUUUUUUUUUAAUUUGUUUAUUUGAGUUUACGUAAAUUACAUGUCGAUAGUGAUAAUAAAAAACAUAAUACGUCAUAAUCAUAAUAAUCAUCUUCAUAAAUGUUUGUUUGCUUAAGUAUUAAAUAAUUGAUUAAGAGAUUUAUUCGCAUUUAAACAUUUCUUGUGUUGACUCGAAUUUUUAUAUCGAUUAUAAAAAUGAAUUGAAUGCAUUUAAUUUUGUUUGUGGAUAAUCUUGUAGUUUUCAGUAUUCACACAAAAACAAAUUAUUGAAUAAAUGUGAAAAUGGCGCACAAACAUUUUUCAAGUCGAAUACACUUUUCAUUUAUCUUCUUUUCUUUUUUUUAUGUACAAA